UUCAACACCUUCCAUCUCUCUUUCUCCUCCUCCCCCUCAAAACCCUUUGAUCAAACACCAAAUCUGAAGAAAAAGAGAAAACCCCAGGAUUUUUCACCUGCAAAAACUGUCUGCAACCCCUUUUUUAACCUCUUCUUCUUCUUCUUCUUCUUCACAUAUAAACAUAAAACCUAAUCCUUUAUCUGAUAUAUAAACUUACUGUGAAGAGUAGGAGGAGGAAGGAGUAAUAUGGAGCUUUUCCCAGAUUUAUCCUUGCAAAUCAGCCCACCGAACAGCAAACCGACAUCGACCUGUCGGACGACAACGGAGGAAGACAUGGAUUUGGGUUUUUGGAAGAGAUCCCUCGACUCGAGGAACUCCAUAGCUUCUUCAAUGGCGAAACCUGAUAACUUUUUCGACCUAUCUUUGUCCAGUAAGAGGAUUUCAGAGCCCAACUUCAAUGGUAAUCUUUUCCAUGCUUAUAAUCAAAACCAGUUCACAGCUUACCCUAACAAGCAUCUGCAACACCCGCUACUGUAUCAGCAGCAGCAGCAGCAAGAGCUUGGUUUCUUGAGACCCAUAAGGGGAAUUCCCGUCUACCAAAACCCUCCUUUUCCAUUUGCUCAAAAGCCUUUGGAUUCAUCGUUAGUUAGUAAUAACAUUAACACUAGUAGCACGAGCUUCAACCCCUUCCAGUCUCAAGGGUUGAUGAGAUCGAGAUUCGUGUCGAGGUUUCCGGCCAAACGAAGCAUAAGAGCUCCGAGGAUGCGGUGGACUAGUACACUCCAUGCUCGCUUUGUUCAUGCUGUCGAGUUAUUGGGUGGUCACGAAAGAGCUACACCCAAGUCAGUUCUUGAGCUAAUGGAUGUCAAAGAUCUUACCUUAGCACAUGUUAAAUCCCAUCUUCAGAUGUAUCGAACUGUGAAGACUACAGACAGAGCAGCUGCAACUUCUGGACAAUCAGAUGCAUUUGAGAAUGGAUCCUCUGGGGAUACUUCCGAAGAUUUGAUGAUCGAUAUUCAAAACCCAAGGAGAUCGGAGAUAUCAGUUCAGCAAGGAAGAUCAUCAUCAUCGAGUGCUCACCAAGACAAGGAAUACCAUGGUCUGUGGAGCAACUCAUCAAGGGAAGCAUGGCUGCAUGGGAAACAUAAGGAUUCUGCAGGAAACGUACCAUCUCUCCAGAAUGAAAUGGAUCUAAAGUGCUUAAGCCAUGAGAGACUAUCAGAUGGAAGCUCAUCAAGCCUACCAGGGACAAGCCCCAAGAAGCCUAAUUUGGAAUUCACCUUGGGGGUACUUCCACAUUGAUAUAAAAAAAAA